UAUAAUUUAUUAUAGACAAAUUUGAAAUUAAUAAGUACUUUAAUUUAUGGAAAGGUUAUUUUAAUUAUUUUCUAUUGAUUAUAUUAACUAAUUUUACAAUUAAUAAAGAUAAUAUUGAAGGAAUUCAGAUCCAUCACUUCUGGUUGUGGAUUCAUCUUUUGCCUCUGGAUUCAAAUAUGGAUCUACCCGAAAUGGCCCAUUUUUAUUUAGAUAUGGUUUCAAACAUGCAUGUAAAUUGAGGCAAGAACUAGAAGAAGUAGGAGAGAGAUGUGGUAAGUAUCUCUUGUGCGAAGCCUCACUGCAUGGGGUAUUAACUUGUCGGUGUGGUCUUCCAACAUCCAUCAAAAAUAAUGUCACGUCAACCCAAUUGCACCUUAUGGUAGAGUUACUCCUGGUAGCUUAAUAAGACUAAGGAGAGUGGCAUAAGCCAUCAUCCUCGCCAAAGCCUUAGCAUCUCAAACACACCCCCCCUAGCGCAUGCUAAGGGGAUGCGCCGAGCAAAACUCGCCGUAAUAGUGAGAUGAGAGAGCAAAAAGAGUACGGGAAAAGGUGGAGAGAGAGUUUACGUGAGGGUUGUGAUUGGUUGUUUUUUUUUUUUUUUUAUAUAUAUUUUUUUAUUCUUUUAAAAACAUUCUUCGCAUACCACCACUCCAUGUCUUGCUUAUUUGGCAUACAUAAAAAUGUUAACACAUGCUACUAUUCCAAUGUAUUCUAAGUUGAUGACGUGAAGCCCCGUUAAACAACGAAAUGAAAAAAAGUGGGUCCUUAUUUCGAAAUAAAUGAUCGAAAUUGUAUAUUGAUUCGACAAUUAAGCAUAUUUUAAUGAGUUGAUGGAUUAUAGAAAUUAAAUGUCAAAAUCGUAUGUUGUAUUGAGUGUUGAUAUGCCAAAUCAUUAAAUUUUAUAGUGUUGAAUGAAUUGUGGAUAUAUUUAAUAUUUAUUAUUGAGUUUGGUUCCUUUUAAUGCUGACUAAAAUUGUGACAAAAUACUACUUAUUCAAAUUCUAAUUUUUUUGAUAAAUUACAUUCCUUUACAAAAAACGUUAUAUGGAAGCAAUCGUCACGUAAUUGUUUUCUGGACUGUGAUGCAGAUAUAAUGCCUGGAAGAUUAUCAGUAGAUGAAAACGCACUUCGUCGAAGAUCAUACUCCCGACCAAAAUCAGAUCAUUCUUUCUCUGACGACUCGGAGUGUAGUGAUAUGGACUCUUCGUUCAUCUCAAACUCUCUGACAUCAUACAUGGCACCCACAUUGAGCUCUAGAAAAUCAGCAAUGAAAAAGGUGAUGAAAAAGGCAAAUUCAUUAUCGAAAUGGGGAUCAUCACCAGGCCGACCUGAAUCACCCCCUACGCCAACAAGCACGUCGUUUUCAAGCUCGAAGCCUCCAACAAGUCCCUCGAAAACAGGAAAAAAGAACUUUUUGCAUAUGGGUCUUGAUUUGAUCAAAAGCAAGAAAAACGGGCCGGGUUGUUUGUCACCAAUUGGUUCGGGUAUGGGAAUGGUGGAGACUGUCCAUCAGUUAAGAAUCAUGCAUGGAAGUUGGAUGAGGUGGAGGUAUGCCAAUGCUAGAGCAAAUGUUGUUAAUGAAACCCUAGAUGAUAAGGCUAAGAAGGAUUUACUACACGCAUGGGAAAACAUCACGAAGUUGCAACAAUCCGUGUUACAAAAGAGAUUACGAUUGGAGAGAGAGAAGUUAGAAAUGAAGCUCAACUUCAUACUUCAUUCCCAAAUGAAGAUGUUGGAAGCAUGGAGAGACAUGGAAAGGAAACACAUAUCGGAUGUUUCGAUGACAAAAGAUUGUUUAGAGGGUGUUGCAUGUAAGGUACCCCUCAUCGAAGGCGCUAAGAUGGAUCCUCAAAUAUCUUCGAUUGCACUUAGACAUGCAACAGAUUCGGUUGUCUCAGUCAUAUCUAUGAUGUCAUUUCUAGAGCCCACGGCUCAUGAGACUGUUUCAACGUUUAAGGAGCUUGCAAAGGUUGCAAGCCAGGAGAAACUGUUGCUUGAAGAGUGCUUUGAACAUUUCAGAGUAAUUUCAACAUUAGAGAUUGAAGAGAGGAGUCUAAGGUGUAACGUUAUCGAAGUUGCUUCAUUCGCUGAUCAACAAUGA